UUUUGUUUUGCCGGUUCCUUCCUGUCCACUCAACAGUUUCGGCAUACAGUUUUCAGUUUACUACUUUACUUGGAACUCGGAAAGUUGAGCCGGGCGGUGAUGAAGAUGAUGGAGACUAAGGAAUUCACAUUGAAGGUUGAGAAUUUCUCAAAGCGGAAAGAAACCGAGAUCUACUCCGACAUUUUCCUAGCCGCGGGCUACAGAUGGAGGAUUAUGGUUUACCCGAAAGGGAAACGUGGUAUUCCCGGUUUUCUGGCAGCAUAUGUGCAAUUUGUCGACUGGAAUACAAAGCCAUGGGGAUGGACUGUGCCAGCGAUCAUCAACUUGACUCUAGUCGACCAACUCAACGGCACCUCCUCUGUGCGAGAUUGUUCGGCAACCAACUUCCAUGGGAAUUCUGAUAACAGCUGGGGAUUCAACUAUUUGGUGUCGCAAACCGAUCUGCACGAUCCUCAGAAAGGGUUCCUCGUCGAUGAUACCCUCCUUAUUGAAGCAGUGGUUUCUACAGUUAAGUAUUGAAACUAGCACGACUUUGAAUCU